AUGACGGGCCGGGACGCGCUUUCCGACGGGCGCUCCAGGAGCAGGGCGCUGGUGCCUGGUGGCUCCCCCACCGGUCCGCGCCCCCGAGGCUUCGCCAUCACUGACCUGCUGGGCCUGGAGGCUGACCUGCCGUCGCCUGCCGGCCCCGGGCCGGGAUCGGGCUGCGAGGGCCCGGCGGCCGCGCCCUGCCCGGGUCCAGGGCUCGGCGGCCCCUGCCUGGCGCGUGGGGCCCUCCCGCUGGGGCUCGGCCUCCUCUGCGGCUUCAGCGCGCGGCCGCCCGUGGCCGCUCGGGCGCCCUGCCUGCUCCUAGCCGAUGUGCCGUUCCUGCCGCCCGAGGGGCCGGAGCCUGCUGCCCCGCAAGCCCCGAGCCGCCCGCCUCCCGCGCUGGGCCGCCAGAAGCGCAGCGAGAGCGUCUCGACGUCCGAUGAGGACAGUCCGUCUGAAGACAGGAGUGAACUGAAGGCGUCCCACACCCCAAGCAGGAGGAAGAGGCGGCGGCACAGGACUGUUUUCACUGCCCACCAGCUGGAAGAGCUGGAGAAGGCAUUCAGCGAGGCCCACUACCCUGACGUGUAUGCCCGGGAAAUGCUUGCUGUGAAAACUGAGCUCCCUGAAGACCGAAUACAGGUCUGGUUUCAAAACCGGAGGGCCAAGUGGCGCAAACGGGAGAAGCGCUGGGGCGGCAGCAGCGUGAUGGCGGAGUACGGGCUCUAUGGGGCAAUGGUGCGACACUGCAUCCCGCUGCCUGACUCUGUCCUCAACUCCACUGACGGUGGCCUGGUUGGCUCCUGUGCACCCUGGCUCCUGGGUAAGGAAGAGGACCCUGCAGCAAGCAUGAGGGCCAGAGAAGUAGGGGGCGUACCUAUGUAGGGCACUCAUUUGUAAAGCAAAGCAAUGUAAAUUUACUCAGAUUCAGGCUCAGAA